AGGUGGGAGAACUAUACAUGUACACAAUGCAUAACCGCAGAGCUUCACAGUUUAGUAGUCUAUAGGAAAUAGUCCUCCUCGCAUGAUUCAGCAUUAGGGUGAUAUUCUAGAGCAGGUCAUGUGGAUCAAUACAUGAGUAAAACCAUGAAGACCAGCUGGUAUUUCAUUUGGAUAUUCAUUCUCACACUGAUGAUCAGCACUGCCCGUCAGGAGGUGAUGUACAUAAAGGGCUCAGAGGGGCAGUCAGUGGAUCUCUCCUGUACACCUCAGCAGACAGGUGGAGCCCCUGUCAGUCUCUACCUGACCCACAGGUGUGUCCGGCCUGAGAGGGAGGUGCUGUUCAUGGCCAAGGACCGGAGUCCCGGGACGGUGAGGGUUAACCGGCUGUACAAAGAUCGUCUGAAGGUCACAGGCGGAUUGAACUCUGACCUGCUCAACGUGACCAUAGCCCAUCUACAGCGCACAGACACAGGCCUGUACAUCUGUGAGUUUGUCUACACAGCUGACCCCUCUGACCGAACAGUCUCCGGCAGUCUGGAAUUCUUCCUGUUUGUUGACGGGACAGAGAGUGUGUGUCAGUGCUCCAGCUACCCCCCACUGAUCUACACCAUCUCUGCAGCAGCUGGCCUGCUUCUCCUCGUCCUCAUCUGCCUGUGUGCAGUAGAGUGUGCUAAGCUGAGAAAACGUCAUAAAACACAAGCCCCCAUCCCCAUCUAUGAGGAAAUGAACAGUGGGUGUCGAGGAGCUGGAAGUGCCCAAAAUAACCAUCCCGUGCCUACACACCUGGAGGAAACAGAGUCCCCUGUGUACGCCAACCCCCAGGCCAGACAAGCACAGGAGAACCACUACGCCAACCCCCAGGCCAGACAAGCACAGGAGAACCACUACGCCAGCCCCCGACAGAUCACUCUGAAGCCCUGAGCGAACCACAGAGGGUGCGUGUAAUGUCCCCCUAAUGUUUUUUAAAGGGGGAGUGGAUGGUAAAAAUAACAGUACCAGAGUUCCAGAUGUAGAUAUAUACAUGUUCUAACCCACUCUGACAGGUGGUGGGAAAGAAUUGCUUUUUCAAGUGUGUGCAAGAUCAUAAACUAUUGGUCCCACACCUCACCUCUCUUUUCUACAGUGUCAAGGAGUCACCCAAUAUGGUUGCCCAACAAACCCACCUACAGGAUGAGAAUGGAAAAGUCAGAGCUAGUACAUAGGUCACUGGGCCUGUAUAGGUGUACUAGUGGUGAUGCCCUCAGAACAGGAUCUAAUAGGGAAAACUCCAAUCUGCAAACUAAUUGACAAACACCAACAUCAAGAACUGACCACAACACCCUUUAACAGACCAGAACAAAACUGCAAUUUUAUUAAUAGAUGAAAGAAGCUCCAUAGUUCAUGAAAACAUUGUUUUCGGUGCAUGUCAUUUAACAAUCACAUUCUAUGAGGAGAAAGAGAUACAUUGAGAAAAUAAAUCAUUACAAGCCAACUGACUCUUCUUUAAAUCUCAGUACAGACAUUUUUCCUUAAUAUUUCAAAAACAAAAAAGGCAAAAAGCAGCCCUAACCCCUAAUUCCCGCCCCACCCAUCAUCCCAACAAAAACACAAUAACUGAAUGAAACGACAGAACAUACAGAUGGGGUGACGGGCACAGUGCUAGAGUAAGAUGCUCAUUGGUUUAGGAAUACACAGUAUAGCCAUGUAGCGCGAUGUCAAUCUGAAUACACAGUAUAGCCAUGUAGCGCGAUGUCAAUCUGAAUACACAGCAUAGCCAUGUAGCGCGAUGUCAAUCUGAAUACACAGCAUAGCUAUGUAGCGCGAUGUCAAUCUGAAUACACAGCAUAGCCAAGUAGCGCGAUGUCAAUCUGAAUACACAGCAUAGCCAUGUAGCGCGAUGUCAAUCUGAAUACACAGCAUAGCCAUGUAGCGCGAUGUCAAUCUGAAUACACAGCAUAGCCAUGUAGCGCGAUGUCAAUCUGAAUACACAGUAUAGCCAUGUAGCGCGAUGUCAAUCUGAAUACACAGCAUAGCCAUUUAGCGCGAUGUCAAUCUGAAUACACAGCA